CAAGGGUACUUAUAUACGUUAUUUGACAUAAAUUUCGGAUUACGUUCCACAAAAUCAUCCCUGCUUUCGUGCUAUUCAUCGCUUCGGCAGUCGGCAAAAUUCGGCCAUUUUUCUUUUUCUUUUACUGAACGAGUGAAGUAGACGUUCGACGCGUUUCACGUUCGUGUGCAGAAAAUUUGUAAAAAACUUGGCAAAAGUUUUCUUAAUUGGAAAUAGUUGUCUUUGUAAAGAAAUUGAUGAGAUAGCUAAAAAGGAGUAUACAUCCACAUAAGAACAAAAAAAAAAAUAAUUGAGACUCUUUAGAGAUAGAGAAAAGACAAUUUUGAAUUUUAUUUCUUCUCAAUUUCUAUAUACAAUAGAAUCAGUGUAACCAAGUGAGCAAGCAUUGUAAAUUUUCCUAAACGGAAAGAAAGAAAAAACCAGCAACUGAUUGGAGGGUAAUAUGAGUAAUGCUAUUAACCAAAAUGGCACAGGUCUAGAGCAGCAGGUUGCUGGUCUGGACUUGAAUGGCGGCAAAGCUAAUAACAGCAGCCCCAUAACAACGAAGAGUUCAUCCAAUUCCGGUGUUUAUAUUCCUCCCCAUCUUCGUGCAGGAGGCAACAGCGCACCUAGCACUAAUAGUGAUAGUCGCGAGGAAGGAGCUCCAUCGGGCAAGUACGAGGGCAGAGAACAACGCGCCGGCGGCGGAGGAGAGUAUCGUCGAGGCGGCGGUGGUCGUAGUUAUAACAACACUGGUGGCGGAUACGGUGGACGUCGUGGUGGUAACAGAUACGACGAAAAUAACAGUGGUUUUGAAGGAGAAGGAGAGUCACGACGUGGUGGUGACGAUUGGAAUCGUGGUGGACGAGGACCACAAAAUACACGAACAUUUGACCGACGCGAAAACGGAGGCUAUCGCGGUGGCCGCGGCCAAGGUGGCGGUAGCAAUAGUAAUCGCAAUAGUGAAGCAUUUGACGAUCAAGCCCAACCACAACAGCCACGCAACGAUCGUUGGCAGGAACCGGAACAUCGACCCGAAGACGGUGCUCAACCGCGUAAUGAACGCGGUGGCGGCGGCGGCGGAGAGCGCAACUAUGGUGGUCGGUGGAAAGAAGAUCGCCGCGGCGACAUCGAUUACACUAAAUUGGGACCACGUGAUGAACGUGUUGAACAAGAACUAUUCGGUGUCGGUAACACCGGAAUUAACUUUGACAAAUACGAGGAUAUUCCCGUGGAGGCGACGGGUCAGAGCGUACCGACAAACAUCACAUCGUUUGAUGACGUGCAGUUGACCGAAAUCAUACGAAAUAAUGUGACGUUGGCUAGAUAUGACAAACCGACACCGGUGCAGAAAUACGCGAUUCCAAUCAUUAUAAAUGGACGCGAUUUAAUGGCCUGCGCUCAGACCGGGUCGGGCAAGACAGCAGCUUUUCUGCUGCCCAUUCUUAAUCAGAUGUACGAGCAUGGCAUAACCCAGCCACCGCAAAAUAAUCGCCAGUACAGUCGCCGCAAGCAGUAUCCGCUCGGCCUAGUACUGGCACCGACGCGCGAGCUGGCCACACAGAUCUUUGAGGAAGCCAAGAAAUUCGCAUACCGUUCACGCAUGCGUCCCGCAGUACUCUACGGCGGAAACAAUACAAGUGAGCAAAUGCGCGAAUUGGAUCGCGGAUGCCAUCUGAUUGUGGCCACGCCGGGUCGUCUGGAAGAUAUGAUUACUCGCGGUAAAGUGGGUUUGGAUAAUAUACGAUUUUUAGUUCUAGAUGAAGCCGAUCGUAUGUUGGACAUGGGUUUCGAACCACAAAUCCGUCGCAUUGUGGAGCAAUCAAAUAUGCCUCCAACCGGUCAAAGACAAACUCUUAUGUUUUCAGCCACUUUCCCCAAACAAAUUCAGGAGUUGGCUUCAGAUUUCCUAAGCAACUAUAUAUUUUUAGCUGUUGGACGUGUCGGUUCCACAUCGGAGAAUAUUACCCAAACCAUAUUGUGGGUAUAUGAGCAAGACAAACGUUCUUAUUUGCUUGAUCUACUAUCGUCAAUACGCGAAGGUCCAGAGUAUUCAAAGGAUAGUCUCACACUAAUUUUCGUUGAAACUAAAAAAGGCGCCGAUGCGCUAGAGGAAUUUCUUUAUCAAUGCAAUCAUCCAGUAACAAGCAUUCACGGUGACCGCACCCAAAAAGAACGAGAAGAAGCAUUACGCUGCUUCCGCUCCGGUGAUUGCCCCAUUUUGGUUGCCACCGCAGUUGCGGCACGUGGUUUGGACAUUCCGCACGUAAAGCAUGUUAUCAACUUUGAUCUACCUUCCGAUGUGGAGGAAUACGUACAUCGUAUCGGUCGUACAGGCCGUAUGGGUAACCUCGGUGUUGCCACAUCAUUUUUCAAUGAAAAGAAUCGCAAUAUAUGUGGGGAUCUGUUGGAGUUGCUCAUCGAAACAAAACAGGAAAUUCCAAGCUUCCUUGAGGAUAUGUCCUCCUCGGAUCGUUCCCAUGGUGGCAAUCGACGACGAGGUGGUGGUGGUGGUGGCGGUGGACGCUAUGGUGGAGGUUUCGGAUCACGUGAUUACCGUCAAACGUCUGGUGGAGGUGGUGGUGGCCCUCGUAGUGGCGGUGGCGGAGCCCGAGGUGGUGGUGGUGGCGGUUCAUAUCGCAGCAAUGGGGGCAGCUCUGGAGGUGGAUAUUACGGUGGCGGAGGCGGCGGCGGUGGUGGUGGCGGUGGUGGCUCAUAUGGCGGUAGCUACUCAUCAUCAUCCCAUGCCAACACCAACUCUAGUGGUGGUCCCGAUUGGUGGGGAAGUUAAAUAAAAUGAACUGAUUGCAAAUAUCCGCUGAAAGCGAAAAAAAAAAUAAAUAAAGUAAUAUAAUUUGACAAAAACAUAAGAAAAAAUGAAAUUAGAAAUGAAGCAGAAUAAGAGAAUUGAGAGAGUGCGUAGAGGAAAGAAACCACAAAAGAUACGAAGUAAAGAAACAAAAAUGAAACUUCUAAAUAUAUAUACUUAUAUAUUACUAUUAUUUAUGUAUAGAUUAUAAAUUUUAUAAAACAGCGAACAUUCAAACAAAAUAUACACAUUUACACAUACCUAUAAGAUAAUGGCAUCCUACCCACACCGAAAAUGUACACACUAAAAUGAUUACACACAUCCACGCGAAUUCGAUUAGAAAAGGGAAAGCGAAAUGCAAUAUGUGCUUCGAAAAUGCUCCUAAUUACUUUCACUACAUGAAAUCAAACCGAAAAGUUAUAUCGCAUAUUUAUCUAUAAUAGAAAUGAAAAUAUUUGAAUUUAUAAUUACAAAUGCAAAAAAGAAGAAAGCAAAAUAUUAAAGAUUUAUUUGAAAAGGGGGCACGAAUGAACAAGAAACAAAUUAGAGUUUUGAAUCGGAUGCGUGAAUGAAUUUGAUUGCUGUAAACAACAAAUAUGAUUAUCCAGCAUAUUUAUAUAUGUAUGUGCGGUGGAUAGAGUAGCAGCGCUCAAACUUAGAUUGUUUAAGUGUGGUUGAAUGCGCGACUAGUUCGAUAUUUUGAAAUCGAAACCGCAAUAGAGAAACACAUAUGUAUGUAUAUAGUACAUACAAAUAUACAUACCUUCGAAGGCACUCACUCGAUUGUAAUAAUUAUUAUAAAAAAAAAAACUGAAAUAUAUUUGAAUUUCAUUUUAUUAAUAAAUGUAACAAAAUAAUUUAAAUGCAUUUGAAAGCACUUAAAAAAUGACGAAUCUGAAAACCAUAAAGAUUGUACAUCUAGAUUUAAAAAAUAAUAAAAAAAAAUGUUGAAGAAAAAACUCGCUUGCUUCAAAACUGAAAUAAAUAAAUUCAAUAAACAGCGGAUAUAUGAAAAAAAAACAUUUAAACAAGAAUCAACCGAAACAGCAAUUUCAAAUA